UUCCUAUAAACAACAGCUGAUUUGUGUAAAAUUCAUUCCGGGACGUGCAUUUUAUUUAUUUGAUUGUGUUUACUGAAAUAUCUUAUUUAAAAUGAGUAAGAUCAAGAAAAAGACUAAACCCGGUAAGAUUCCGAAGCCCAUUAAGGUUAAGAAAGAAAAAACUGAAGAAGAUCGCACGCUUCACCCAAUGUCUCACUACAUAGACGACCGACUGGAAUUGGUGAAACAAAUCUUUGGAUCGCUGAAGCCGAAAACAAUUACAAACUUAGCGCCAGAUUUUCUAAAGCACAAAAGCAUGGACGAAAUUGAAGAGCUCUGCUUGAACGAAUUGCUUGGCAUAUCAACAAAGCGAUUAUUAUCCAUUAUAAACGCCACAAAGUGCCCCACCGACACAGAAUCCUCGGGCGAAUCAGAUGUUGAGCAUCAAGAGGAGCACAUCUCGCUUGAAGAGAUUUCUUCGGACAGUGAAAUCGAAGGCUCAUCUAAUGCAGGAAAGAAAAAGUCCAGCGGAGCUGAUGGUAAAGGUGGUGCCAAAAAGUCUGCAAAAGGUACAGCCGGAAAUGAUGAAAAUAAUGGCCAAAUAAGCGUUUUGGAAUUACUGGAGUUACAAGCGCGUGCGCGUGCUAUUCGAUCUCAAUUAGCACUUGAGCCAGUGACAAAGAUCGAAGUAGACUCAGACGACGAAAAGGACAGUGAAAAAAAUGGUAAUGAAAAAUCCACUAAUGGAGCAGCUUCCAAAGAGCAUAAACGCAAACAUAGGCGUAAAUCCAGCGAGAAAAGUAAAGAUACGGAAAAGACGCAAUCUACGUCUACUUCAGCUGCUGCACGACCGCCAGCAACAGCGAAGGCAAGUAAAAUAACUACCAGCUCUGCUUCGGAAACUCCCAGUACUUCAAAUAAGAAGGCAAAGACAAAGGAAGAUGAAGCUCAGCCAACAAAAACAAACAAGUUGAAGAGAAAUUACCGGGCGAAAAAUAAUGAACCCGAAACUGCAGCUAACGAAAGUAAAAAGAAGUCUAAAAACAAAGUAUCAGAUGCUGCACUCAUGGCGAUUACAUUAAAAGAGGUUAAAAAAGAAGCGAGAUCUCGUUCAGCUACACCGGAUGUAAUACCAAUAAUUCCGGAGCCAGAAACUUUGUUAAUUAGCGAUAGCUCGGAUGGCGAAAAUGGUGAAAUGAGAAAAAAGAAAACGACUCCAAUUGAAAGCAAUACAACAACAACAACUAAAAACAAUAGUGACGCCAGCAAGGAUAUCGAAAAACCGCCAAGAGAACGAAAGUUAACUGAACCCGAAGAGGGUGAAGUUGUUGAAAUCCCUGUUGAGAAGUCAACUGCAGCAAAGAGUAAUGAUAAUAGUAAAGCUACUGAAACUCCUGCUGCCAAGCCAACUGCCGCUGCGGCUACUGAAAAUAAGGAAUCAGAUUCGAGCGCGGAAAACAUUGCAAACACUGAGGCGUCGACUGCAGAAGUGGCCAAGCCAGAUAACAAUGAAACUGCA